AUGAUGCUGUUCUUCUUUUUGAGUGCUUUUCUGUUACAUGCCGUCAACGGACAACAAGAACAAAAUAAUUCUACCACAUUACAAAAAUUUAGAAGAUGUUUUGUCAAUGAAGAAUUCAGCGAAUGUGCUUCACCAUGUGAGCCAACAUGCAAAAAUCCUACUCCGGGAGUUUGUUCGCUGCAGUGUGUCGCUGGAUGUCAAUGCAAAACAGGUUUUCUAAGGAAUGAACUUGGCGCUUGUGUGAAUAAAUGCAAUAAUCAGACGUCAAAACCUAUAUGUGGUGCUAAUGAAGAGUUCAAUGAGUGUGGUUCAGCAUGUGAGCCAACGUGUCGGGAACCCAGACCGAUAGUAUGCACAUUACAAUGCGUGAUUGGAUGCCAAUGCAAGAGCGGAUUCUUCAGAGAUGACAGAAAUGAGUGCGUUGCCGAGUGCGACAAUGCUUCAUCCAACAUUUGUGCAGUGAAUGAAGAAUUUAAACAGUGUGGUACAGCAUGUGAACCAAGCUGUGAAAAUCCCAAACCGUCAGUCUGUUCUGCUCAAUGUGUCGUUAAUGUUUGCCAGUGCAAAUCCGGCUUUUUACGUAAUUCGAAGGAACAGUGCGUCGAGCACUGUGAAGAAGAUCCUUGUCCAGUGACUGAGGAAAGGAAAGUUUGUGGUACAGCAUGUGAACCCACAUGUUCUAACCCAAAACCGAAAUGUACAAAACAGUGCAUAAACGACGUUUGUCAAUGUCGUCAAGGUUUCAUUCGUAACUCGAAGAAUCAGUGCAUUCCGACGAGCGCCUGCCCUCCAUCUGAACUACCUUGCGGCAGAAAUGAAGAGAGAAAAAAGUGCGGGACUGCCUGUGAACCCACGUGUACAAAUCCGAAUCCACGUUGUACAAAACAGUGCAUAAACGACGUUUGUCAAUGUCGUCAAGGUUUCCUUCGUAACUCGGAGAAUCAGUGCAUUCCAGCGAGCGAAUGUCCUCUGUCCGAAACAACAACUACACUCUCAACCAGCUGUGAUGAUUUUGAAUGUCCAGAAGGAACUGUUUGCACUACGGUGGAAGAGAGCUGUUCGGAACCACCUUGCCCGGCACCCCUGCCGAGAUGCGUUAGAUCUCAGAUCCCACCAAUGAUGUGCGGGCCACACGAAUCUUGGACAAACUGCUCCGGAUGCGAGCCAACAUGUAGUAAUAUGAAUCCAGUUUGCGGCUUCUCUUGCGGUAGACCACGAUGUAUCUGCGAGGAAGGAUUCUUCCGAUCUGAUUUAGGAUCAUGCGUUACAAUUAAAGAAUGCCAACGUUAA